UUGCGAACGCCCUCGUUGUCCGGUGAACGUGGUUGUGGUAGUUCCUCAAGUGUUGAUAGUGUCAUUGCUUUUGAUUUAAAAUUAUAUUUUAUUCAUCGGUGAGAUAUCAGGUGUACGAUGAAGACGUUGUUGUGGUGCGUGGUGACGUGCGCGGUGGCGGCUGUCGUGCUGUCAGACGACAUAGAGCUGGAGUUACAGAGCGGAUUGCUCGUCAAGAUGCUGAGGGAGAUGGUGAACCAGACGAAAGUGGACACGCUGAACCUUCCGUCCAACGCCACGUCCAUUCGCGAGAACAUCACCGACACAUUCAGUUGCGAGAAUCGCACGUACGGCUACUACGCGGACGUAGACAAUGAAUGCCAGGUGUUCCACGUUUGCCUGCCCUCGCAGGCCGUCACCGGUAGAAACGUCACCUUCCGCUGGAGCUUCAUUUGUCCAGCUGAAACUGUCUUCAAUCAAGAAGUACUAACGUGCACAAGACCACGUGAUGCUAUCUCCUGCGACGAGUCGCCAAUGUAUUACGAUGUCAAUAUGGAAUUCGGUAAAGUGAAUGACAGUAAGGAACAAACAAAACCCGAAGACAAUGCCCCGAUGAGCAAUUCUGCACCGAACACUGAAGCUGUGUCGUCGUCACCACAGAGAUGGAAUCAAGCAAACAGAAAAAAAGAAAACUUAGUUGUUGAAACACUUUUUAACGACGUAGUACCAAAUACGAAGUCCGUAAAGGAAGAUAUCAAGGAAUACGAUAGUAAAAUUAUAGACACAGUUAAAGAAGAAAUUAGAAAUUACAAUUAUAACACGCUGCAAACAGUAAAUAAAGAUUUCAGUACAGUGAGUCAAAACAUCCACGAUCUUAAAGAAGAAAUAAAAGGUAUCGAAAAGGAAAUUGUGAAGAUUACUGAUGAUAUUAAGGACACUGAUUAUGAAAAGAUGCAGGUAACAAAGGAUAAUACAAAAGAAAUUGUACAAUACAGAAACGAAGAAUUAAUGAAUAGUGAGGCGAGCCAUGACAAUAUAGAGUCUCAUAUAAAUGAAGGAGCCGUUGCGCUACCUCACGUCAUACUGAAAAAAAUAGAAGAGAUGAACGCUGAGCCCGUAAUGCCUGUGGUGGCGGAGGAAGUCAUUCCUUUUGUUGAAGAAGUAAAUAAAGAAGACGAGGAUGCGACUGUGGCAGAAAUUGAUAAUUCUAGAAUAGCAGCAGAAAGAAGUUUGAAAAGGACUGGUCGAAAAAUGUAUCGGGGGUCGUUAAGGUUUAGACCUACUUUGUGAUAAAACAGACAGAUAUAGAAAUUAAGUGUGAAUUAUAUUCUACUGUGAUAAGUCAAUUUUGCAGAAGUAGAAAUUAUUCCUGAUUUCGUCCGCAAGAUGUAAAGUAUAUGAAUUUGUCAUAAUGUAGACAUUUGUCGUAUAUUUAAUAACCACAGUAAAAUAUAAUUUCUAUCAAAUAUUAAGACAUUCCUCGAGACCUUUAAAGAAGAUGUGCAUAGUAGGAUUAGAAGCGUACGAAUACCUUGUAAAUAGGCAUUAAAUGAAAAGAAAAAAUGAGAAUAAAAAAUAC